AUGGCUUAUAAUCAAAACUUUUAUAACAAUUUUCAAGAAAAUAAUUUUACAUUCCAAUGUCAUAACCCUUUGUCUUUCCCAAUACCUCCUCCACCAGCAUUACACCCUUCUUAUGCCCCAAUUUCACAAAUAUCAGAUCAAGAUUUUCUCAAAACUUUCGAAAGAAACUUAAAUGAAAGCUUACCUAAAAUUAAGCCAAAUAUCACAAUUACAAAAUUAAAAGCAAAACUAAUGAGUCUUCUAACAAGCCAUAGAGAAUUAACUAUGCAAUACGAGAAAUUAUCAAAAAAUAUUAAUAACUUCACCAAUAUUGAGUGGACAUCUAUAAUGAGUGAUGUGGCUUGUAAGAAAGAAGAGAUUAAAAAAAGUAUAGAAGACUUUAAUGGCUCAUAUAUGGAACAAGCUAGAAAAUAUCUAGCAAAAAGAACAGCAAAGAGGCUUCGACUGAAAAGAUUGAAUAAUAAAAGAAAACAACAAAAAUUAGAGUGGUUGAAGGAAAUGAAAGAAAAGUCUAGUAAAAUUGAUGAGAACCUGCAAAAAAUUAAAGAUUAUAAUCUCAAACAAAAGAAGAAAGAAGAGGCCAAAGUAAAUGCAGACCUGGUUCUUAAAGAUGUUCAGAGGAAAAAGAAUGAUGCAAAAAAAUGCUUAAACAAGUUAGAAGCCCUGUUAAAAUUGCGUCAAGCAAGGCAAAACACAGCUAAAGGCAGAGGUCACAAUAUUUCAGAAGCAGAUACUAUUUUGUUUGAAAAGAAUAUUGAAAAACUGAAGUCAUUAUGGACUCAAAGACUAGAGAUCUAUAAUGAAGAAGAAAGCACUCUUCAAAGCCAACUUACAUCUACAAAAGACGAACCGUUAAAUGAAACCGCAAAUAUUGACAAUAUCUUAGAUGAGUGGAGAGAGGUUCUCUUUGGAGGGAUCAACCCACAAGUUAAUUUUGGGGGAAAUGUUGAAAGAUUUAUUGCUGUGCGGAAACAAUGGGAUGCAUACAUAAGUAGUGAUGGAAGUACAUUACCUAUUGGUUGGGUUGUCAACAAUUGA